CCGAGCUGGGCCCCGGCCCCGGCAGCGCCGCCCGCCCUCCCGCCGGUACCGGGGUCCCGGCGGUACCCGGGGAGAAGCGGAGGCAGGUGCUGGGGGGAGAACAGUGAUCCCUGUGUCCUCACUGCCCUGCCGGGGGAGGGGAAGCCGAGAGAAACCUUCCCUGUGGUGUGGUCAGCCCGGGACUCAGCUGCGAGCGGCCGAACUGACGGGGUGACACUGUGCUGCUGCCGGCCUGGCCCCAUCGCCAUCCCACCGCCAGCCGUCCCCUUUGUCCCCUGCUAAUGCCAGCAGCUGGAGGCUGCACGCUCGAUCGCUGCCCCAGCAUCCCAAGUGUGAGACCGGGCUGUGGGCCCCACCGAUUCCUGCGGGACAGUGGCCAUGGCGGCUGCUCUCUCCACUGGAGCGAUCGUGGCAAUUUCUUUUAACUGUGUCAUCGCAUUGCUCAUCCUCAUCCUCUUCCUCAUCCUCUGCAAAGCCUGCAGGACCCCCUCAUGUCCCAAGAAGACCCCGGCUUCUGAUGUGGAUGAGUCAAAGAAUGAAGAGAAGUACCUGCUGCAGCCCUGAUCUGCCUGGAGACUGAGGUAUCCGAAGGAGUUGUGCCAGACUGGAUGCCUGUGCUGCGAGUCGAGUGCUGGACCAGGCACGAUGAAAGCUGAGGGGACACCCAAAUGCUUGCAGGGGCUGUGACAGGGGGCACAGUCCUUUGGCUUUGCGGUUUUGGUGUGUGAAGUUCCUGCGAGUGCCCACAGUGAUGACGGGGAUAGAGAGAAAACUGACGGGGAUAUACAGGGACAGUCAUGCCUGUCCCAGCAGCCAGUGAGCACAGCAGGAGUCUGCCUUCAAGUGUACCCCUUGUUUGGGAAGAGCUUGUGGGCUCUUCUCUAGUGCUCAUGGCCUGGGACUGUAGCAACAACAUCACAGACCUGAGCAAAGCUGGUUGGGGGCCUGGAGAGGGGAGGCAGCAGGGCUGGCGCAAGUGCUUCUUCUGAGCAGCUUGACUGCUCCAUGGCAGGGUGUGCCCAGGGGAACCUGGGCAGCCCAGCCCCACCCUGGCAGAGCAGAGUUACCAGUCCAGGUGUUUGGGGGUGCCCUCAGCCUCAGGUGGGCAUUUGGCAGAUGUCUGCCCAAGCAGCGGGUUUAACAAGGCACAAGGGAGUCUGCAUGGUCUGCCUGAUCAUCCCCAGCCUGUCAGUCCCCUCCAGCACUAGCACCAAUGCUGCUAGGCAAGUGACCCUCCUCCUCCUCGCUGGGUGCGUGUCCCUGCCCUUCCCCCUGCCUGCUCCCAGCCAGUCAGUGGUAUUUGCCCUGCCUGUGAGCAGCAGACGUGCCCUUGUAGGCAUCCCCGAUCCUGCUGAGAGCAGCCUGGUGUGGCUUUAUCCUGGGGAGAUGGGAGACCUGGGAAGAUGAGGGUGCCUGGACAAAUAGCUUUGAAGGUUCUUUGACCCUGCCUGUUCCCUGGGGAUCACAGUGGAUCUAUGGGGAGGGAUGCUGUCACCUGGCUUGACUGCAAGCCUGGCAGCUGCAUCCCUCGCCCUGCCAGUGGGUGCUGUGGGUUUUGGAGGGCUCUGCCUUGCCUUUCCUAGAGCCGAGCAAUAGCCACAGUCACUGCUGGCAUAGCCACUGCAAUAAGGGGACAGAAGGGUGGGGUGGGAGGGAUGCCAGUCAGGGCUCCUGCACAGGCUUGGCCAAGCCUGGCAGAGCCUGCGGCUCCUCCCCAAGUCAGGAGUAGCAAAUAUAUCCCUUUGCAGCCUUGUUUUUAUUAUACUAAUAAACGAUUGUAGGACCCACA